CUCUAGAUGGAAUCUGCUAGAAAUCUUCUCUACCUUGUCACAGCCAAAAAUCUUAAACACAAGAUAGUAUUACAUAACAAUUGGUUGCUUAUAAACUCUUUGAUUCUACUUAUUACCUUUUCCUUUUGCUCUUGUUCUUCUGAUACCAUAUCCACUGAUAAACCAAUAAGAGAUGGUGAGGUUCUUGUUUCUAAAUCUAAAACUUUUGCUCUUGGAUUCUUCACUCCAGAAAAGUCCACCUCUCGCUAUGUCGGAAUUUGGUACAACAAUUUGCCAAUCCAAACUGUUGUUUGGGUUGCAAACAGAGAUAGUCCAAUCAAUGACACUUCUGGAAUCCUAUCGAUAGACCGAAAUGGAAAUCUAGUACUCUACCACAACCUUAGCACUAUUACCAUUUGGUCUACAAAUGUUUCAAUCCCACAAUCACAAGGAAAUAGUACCAGUGUCGUAGCUCAGCUAUCGGAUAUAGCAAAUCUUGUUCUGAUGAUAAACAAUACCAAAACUGUUAUCUGGGAAAGCUUUGAUCAUCCCACAGAUACCUUGCUUCCGUAUCUAAAGGUUGGUUUUGAUAGAAAAACUAAUCAAAGUUGGUUCCUUCAAUCAUGGAAGACAGAUGUUGACCCUGGAAAAGGCGCAUUCACGUUGAAAUUCAGCACCAUUGGCAAAACUCAGUUGUUUAUGUACAACGGUGAUCUUCCUUGGUGGCGUGGUGGACAUUGGAACGGAGAAUUAUUAGUAGGUGUACCUAAUAUGAAACGAGAUAUGGCCACUUUUAACGUUUCUUUGGUUGAAGAUGACAAUCAUGUAGCACUCACAUAUAACAUGUUUGAUAAGUCUGUCAUUACUAGGAUUGUGGUUCAGCAAUCUGGUUUCUUUCAAACAUUCAUGUGGGACAGUCAAAAGACUCAAUGGAACCGGUACUGGUCUGAACCAACAAAUCAAUGCGAUAACUAUGCAACAUGUGGAACAAACAGUAAUUGUGACCCUUUCAACUUUGAGGACUUUAAGUGUACUUGUUUACUUGGUUUUGAACCGAAAUUUCCACGUGAUUGGUAUGAUAGUAGAGAUGGGUCAGGAGGAUGUGUAAGAAAGAAAGGUGUAUCUAUCUGUGAUAAUGGAGAAGGGUUUGUCAAAAUUGUAAGCUUGAAAGUUCCUGAUACAUCUGUAGCAGUUGCUAAAGGUGGUUUGAGUUUGGAAGAAUGUGAAAAAGAAUGCUUAAGAAACUGCUCUUGUACUGCCUAUGCAUUUGCUGAUGUGAGGAAUGGUGGAAGUGGAUGUUUGACUUGGUAUGGUGAUUUAAUGGACAUUCAAAAACUUAGUGAUCAAGGCCAAGAUUUAUUUUUACGCGUCGAUGGUGUUGAAUUAGCAAAUAGCAACAAAAGCAGCAAAGCAAUCCUUGGUAGAAAGAGGUUGGCUGCGGUUCUGCAAUCAAACCAAGAUUCCUCGGAAGAAGAGAUCGGUGGUCAAAGCAACACACAUUCAAGUCUACCGUUUUUCAGCUUGAAAACAAUAAUAACAGCUACAAGAAAUUUUAGUCAAGAGAAUAAGCUUGGACAAGGUGGAUUUGGCUCUGUCUAUAAGGGUUGCUUGGUUAAUCGACAAGAGGUAGCAGUGAAACGAUUGUCCAGAGAUUCAGGUCAAGGCAAACAAGAGUUUAAAAAUGAGGUUACACUUUUAGUUAAACUCCAACAUCGAAAUCUAGUGAGACUGCUUGGUUGCUGUUGUGAUAAAGAAGAAAGGAUGCUAGUUUACGAAUACCUACCGAACAAAAGUCUAGACUUCUUUAUAUUCAAUCAAAACCAAAGGUCAUCGUUGGAUUGGAGUAAGCGUUUUGAAAUUAUUUGUGGGAUUGCUCGAGGUGUUUUAUAUCUUCAUCAAGAUUCAAGGCUGAAAAUAAUUCAUAGAGAUCUAAAAGCCAGCAAUGUUCUCCUUGAUGCUGCAAUGAAUCCCAAAAUCUCAGAUUUUGGUAUGGCUAGAAUAUUUGGAGAAGAUGAAGUCCAAGCAAGAACGAAAAGAGUGGUCGGAACAUAUGGAUAUAUGUCACCAGAAUAUGCAAUGGAAGGACGGUACUCAACAAAAUCUGAUGUCUUCAGUUAUGGUGUGAUGCUACUGGAGAUUAUUGCUGGCCAAAGAAACACACAUUGUGAAAUAGGAAGAGAAUCCCCUAAUUUAACUGGACAUGUGUGGACACUAUGGACAGAAGGAAGAGGUUUGGAAAUCGUUGAUGCAGUACUAAACCAAUCUUAUCCUUCUGUUAUAGUUCUGAGAUGCAUUCAAAUUGGACUAUUGUGUGUGCAACAAAAUGCCAUGAAUAGACCAUCAAUGUCAGAAGUUGUUUUCAUGCUAUGCAAUGAAACACCUCUUUGCCAACCUCAAAAACCAGCAUUCUUAUUCAAUGCAGGCAAACAAGAUUUGCAAGACUCGUCAACAUCAGGAGGAGGAUCUUCAAUAAAUGAAUUAACGGAAACUACCAUCAGUGGCCGCUAAAGCUACGUUAAUCGAAUAUAUAAUUGUUUUUCAUUCUUUUCCAUCAGAAUUGGGUUUGUAGAUCUUUCAUGAGGUUCUUGAGAAACAAGUAUUGCAAAAUGAUUAAUGCAAAUGAAUUCUAUA